GCCGAUCAUGGCGACUCUCAGCGGCAGUCGUGGGGAUCGUCUCGGCAACACUAAUCAACAAAAGUCUUCGUUUGCAUCUCCAGAGAAAGUCCGUGAACUUCUUAAUGCGGGAGUGUCGUCAACAGAUAUCGGAUCCAACAGUGGACAAGGAAAUGGGAACGUUCUGGAAGUAAAAAGUAACACUCAAGCAACUUGCGAGGCAACGAACAAAGACGCCUUUUUCUCACGAGUGGAAUCUUACUCAUGUUUGAAAUGGGCAGGAAAACCCUGCACACUGUCCCCCCUGAUGUGUGCCAGAUAUGGCUGGAUCAACAUUGGCUGUGAUAUGCUCAAGUGCUCCAGCUGCCAGGUUUUCCUUUGUGCAGCACUACAACCAACUUUAGACUUUAAAAAAUAUGCGUCCCGCAUUGAAGAGAUAUCGAGGCAGCUUCAGACGCAGCAUGAGAAGUUUUGCCCCUGGCCUGACUUUCCAUGCCCAGAGCGGUUCUGGCUGGUUCCAGCCUGUGAACCAUCAGCACUGCUCACUGCCUUCUUAGAGCGCUUCCAAAGCACCUGUCUCCUUGCAAAGCAGCUGCCUGCCAUGAAGCCGGAGCAGCUGAAGUCUAUGUCUUUGAAUGAGGAUGUUAUCAGUGUUGUACUACAGCUGAUCGAGGACGAACAAAAAAGAAAAGGAGUUUCUUCAUAUUCCGAAUCUCUGGCUGUCCAGGUGGCUGCAUGCAUUGUUUCUCUCUGUGGCUGGGCUGCAAGCCCAACUCUGCACGCAAUGAACCUGCCCAUCCUCACCUGCUCGUACUGUAUGCGAAAGGUGGGCUUGUGGAACUUCCACCAGAUGGAGGGAAUGGGAGCCGAUGGAGACGUCUCAUUAAACACGGAGGGCCUGCCUACUCAAGCAACAGGUCCUGCCCCGACAGCCACACAUGAGGGCCAGAAGGACCAGCCUGCUUCUGCCUCAUCCACCCCUACUACAACUCCAUGUCGCAUGAAGCUGAGGAGCCAGGACUCCACCCGCUCUGACCAGGGUGAUGGAACUUCCUCCCCUGUGUCUUUGCGUGCCCAGAGCAGAGACUCACCAAGUCCCAGUGAAGAGCUGCAAAGUCCUUCGCCCCGGGGCAAAAGGUCUGCAACUCGCGGUAAAGGGCAGGGGGAAAAUGCUGGAUCUGAUGGCGCUGCCAGCCCGCUUCACCCUCCUAAACGCCUGUGCCUCUCAUUUGGCGGCCCUGAUGGGCUUGUGCACAAGAAUCCAUUUGACCCCCUCGCUCAGCACAGAGACUGGUGUCCCUGGAUCUCUGUGGGGAAGGAGAAUGUGGAUCCAGGGGCCAUCCCCUGUUUAGAUGAAGUCUCAGCGCUUCAUCAGCAGGGCUGGAAGGCUGCUCUCGACCUCCUCAUGCCCAUGAAGAAGAACUCCGAUACAGCUGGAGCUAGUCCCGGACAGGGCCCUCGUGACAAGUCCAAAAGGGUGUUUGCUAUAUUCCGUCAGUGGCAGGUAUCGUCCGCUCCAUCUCAGUAGACUGUUUCCAUCCAAACGGUAUCACAACACUGAAUUGAUGAACUGCCUCUUUUUUUUUUGUGGCGCAGAGUCGGGAGUACCAAUGACAGGAAUGUCAUAUAACAAUUUAUGCCAUCCGUGACAGUUGUGUUUACAGUCAAAGUGUCUCUGGAGGAAAAGAAAGUUGAUUGUCUUUCAGCAAAAGAAUGAGCAUCUUCUCUGUGAACAGUGAACUAUGUGAAAGAUGCCCGUGUGGCUUUUAAAACUUUUUGAAUUGCAGGUAUUGGGGCCUGUUUCGUCCUUGUAUCAUGUGUAUGGAUCGGAAUUCAUCGAGUAAUGGUUAAUAUCUCAACAUAUAAAUUGGCCACAAAAAAGGCAUUUACUAAUCUUAACCUCACAUGAAGUCUGCGACAUCCUGAUAGUCUGAAUUUCUGUAGAACACAAGAGUCAAGAGAUCCCUUAUCGUGAGAAAGGGCCCAAUGGCUCCACACUGGAAAGGCAAUGUUUACCUUCAAUUCACGUUGUCAAUUGAGGGAGUGGUCAAUGUUUAACCUCAGAUGACCAUACGAAACUGAGGAAUAAUUUUUGUGUACCAUUGUGCGUGAAAGGUAACGUGGAUAUGAGUUCUCUUUUGAAAAGAACAAUCUCUUUUCAAGUAGUGAAAUGUUUAUUUUCUUUUACAAUACAUCUUUAUUGUUCACAAAGGUCAAUCCUGUUUACUGCAGGCAAGUAGUACCAUGUGCCAUACAUUUCAAAUCUGUUUUAAAAUUAGACUACGGACUCUGUACUUUUAAUUUUCCCUUUUGUGUGCGUCUCUUAAUGCAAUCCUUUCUAUCUUGCAUGUGCUUUUAUCUUCAUGGAGUUUCCUAAAAGAGUUUAAUAAAAUGCUCUUCUAAAAGUU